UAUAAACCCUUCCCAGAGGGUCCCCGUGGGUUCCAGGGAUUUCAGCUCCUUCCUCCCAGCAGGUGGGUAACCAGGGUUUGUCCAAGGAGCCCCAGAAACCGUGGGGGAACAUGAGGGGGCUGCAGCCGUGCGGGGAACAGGAUGCCCCCGCCACCACUGCCAUCUAUGCCUCUAUGUCACCCAUGUCACAAACUUCCCCAUCCUCCCAGCUGAGCGGCUCCAGCCAUCACAACAUCUCCUUGGCCCUCCAACGACCCUUUCCAACAGGUCCAUGUCCAUGGAGCACCUGGUGCUGCUGUUGGCUGGGUCUCCGGCCACCAUCAACCUCUGGCUCCUCCAGGCUGUUGAGAAGGUGUUGGACAUGGCCCCCACCUCCUUCAAUGACCAGUACCAGGGCUGCAGCCCCAAGAUGGAGGAGGAGCUGGGGGAGCUCAACAACACAGAGUUCACCAACAACAGCAUCUACGCCAAGUACUGGACCCAGGCUGCUGACAAUUGGCAGAACCAGGAAGGUUGUGUCCCCCAGCCACUGGUGCUGUGGACGGAGCACACGAUGGCCCUCACGGCGUACCCCCUGCAGGAAGGCCUGUACAAGGAGUUCAACAGGACCGUGUGCGAGGCUGGGUGCUCCUGCAGGAAAGAGCUGGACAAAUUCCACUUCAAGGAGACGGGGUUCGUUGGCGAGGUGUUUGGAGCUCUACAAGGAGAGGCGCUGGAGAAAGAGCUGGAGGCCCCCAUUGUUCCUAGAGAUGCCCAUGAGGGUGGAAAAGGGCUGGCUGCUUCCUUUGGUUCCGACCAGGGAAAACCAAGCAAGGACAAGAAGAAAUGA